AUGUCGGCCGGCUUCGCCCAGGCUCCCAUGACUUCGCCCCCAAGCCGCGAGGCCAUGCGAGCGGCCCCACGGAAUCCGAUCCUGCUCUUGUUUGUGGCCCUGCGCGCGUGCGAAGGCGCCGCCCGGCCCGAUGCCAAGGAGUCGGCGAAGGCCACGCCCCGGCGCGCCGCGGGCCUGCGGAAUGUGGGCAACACCUGCUUCAUGAACAGCGGCCUGCAAUGCCUCGCGAACAUCCCGCUGCUGCGCGACCGCCUGGAAGCUUCCUCUGCGCCGAGCGCGCUGCAAAAGGCGCUGGGCGCCUUGGUGCAGCAGCUCUGGGACGCCCGGUCCACUGUGGUGAACCCUGGUACCUGGAGGGAUGCGCUGAACAGCGCCACGGAUAUGUUCGCGGAGUGGCAGCAGCACGACAGCAUGGAAUUCGUGGAGUUCUUGGUGGAUCGCCUCACCGACGAGUGGAAGGCGGAAGCCGAAGCGGAAGGCGCGAAGGCCGAAGGAGGCGCGGAAGCGGCCGAGAAAGAGACGGAGGCGGCGGCUUUCGGGCUGAGCGCCCACAGGCUCUUCGCAGGUUCCUUGGAGACCUUCAUCAGGUGCCCGCACGAGGACUGUGCCAAAGAGUGGUCCAACAUGGAGAAGAUCAUCUCCAUCAAGCUGCCGGGCCGAAGCUUUGAGCUGAGCCAGAAGGAGGAGCUCACCAUCAUCCUGGUGCCGCGGCCCUCCUCGCAGCAGCCGCCCCAAGCUCUGCGCCUCUUCCUGUCGCGCCCGGCGCUCGCGGGGCAGUUGGCACCCGAGGCUGCGGCGAGCCACGCCGAGGCGGGGCCUGGCGGUGUGUGCGGCGAGCGGUGCGUGGCGGCGGCCAUGCAAAGCGGCUGCCUUUGGGCCCUGGCGGAGGACGAGGAGCUGGAGCAUAUCUCCGCGCAGCUCUUUGUGUAUGAGCUCGAGGAUUGCGAGGCAGUCGCCACCUUCCACCAGGCCCGAGGCCAAAGCAACCAGGAGGGGCCGUUGCCGGGUGAGCGCCGGCUGUUGCGAGAGGGCAAAGACUCCAAGGUCUACACCUUCCCGGAGCUCGCGGCAGAGUUCGGGUCCGAGCUGCUCGGCACCCAGGGUGCCACAAGUGUGGCACAGUUUCUGCAGCAAGCAGGCAUCACAACAGCAGAGGAUGUGGCAGGCGGGCACAGCAGCUUAGUAGACAGCAAAGGCGUCGGGCAGCCUUUCAAAUACCAUGGGGGGUCCGACCAGGACUUCAGUGAGUGGAGCCACAAGGUCACAACAUACUUGAAGGCAAAGUUUGGAUCAGAGAUUGAGAAGGCUCUGAAGUGGGCUGUGCAGCAAAGGAAGGCAGUUGUCGAAAAAUUGCCAGGAGGGGCGCUCACCAGCGCCGAUGGACGACAGGUUGCAUUUGACCCUGUCUUCGGUGACGCGUCCGAUGAUAUGGAUCGCAUCGCCAAUCGCAGCCAGACGGUUGUUGGUGUCUACACAUACUUGAUUGCCUUCACAACUGGGGAUUCGAACAAGAUUGUCCGCAACGCAGGCUCGGACGCGGGCCUAGAGGCAUGGAGAAGACUGCACAAUGAGUAUGACCCAACUUCGGCCAUGAGAAGGGUCACCAUCCUGGGGCUGGUCCAGAACCCGCCCAAGUGUGAGAAGAUGGAGAGUCUGGGCGCCGCCCUGGAGGAUUGGUUGGCAAAGAAGCGGCAGUAUGAGGAGUUCACAGAUCAGAGAGGAAAGGCGUGUCGCAUUUCUGACGACUCGCUCAUGGCGGCAAUGUACAAGCUGAUGCCAAGCAGCCUGGAGCAACAAGUCAUGUUCCAUUCAGAUGACUAUGAUAGCUUUGAGGACUUGUAUGACAAGCUGGUCUCAUUUGCAUCAACAAAGCAUUCGCUGAAGAUGAGCGAUCGCCCCGUUGGAUCCAACAAGAAGACAGAGGAAGAAGCCUGGCAAGCAGACGGGUGGUGGAACGACUGGAGUGAGCAGCCAGAAGCAGAGGUUCCAGCAGCUGCAGACUCUGGCAAGUCUGGCUUUGGAAGCCUUGACCUGAACCACCUUGACGUGCUUGCCCCGCCGCAAGGGAAGGCCGCCCUGGACAGUGUCGACUCAUACAGGGUCCACUGGAAAGGCGCAGACUGGCUCAGGAUCAACUACGAUUCUGGCGCAGCCACGACCGCCAUACCUGAUGAGCUGGUUGACGGGCCCUUGGAGUCGCAGGGCAAGUUUGUUGUGGCAUCAGGAGAAGAGAUCCCCAACUUCGGCAGGUUCAAAGUCCCAGCAUGUGACGUGAACGGGAAAAGGAGGAACUUCACGGCCUAUGCCACCAAGGUUCACAAGCCGCUGGGCUCCGCAGCGGAGUUCAGUAAAGCCCACGACUGCUUGCUCUGGGCAGAAGGUGGCAGCCUCAUCCCCAGAAACAGCCCGCUAGCCAUAGGCCUUCGGAAGGAGUACUACCGCUUGACCGAGCUGCAUGGGCACUGCGACGAGAUUCCUUUGUACCGUGAAGGCAACUUGUUCAAUCUGUACUUGCAGCAAGAUGGAAAGCCGGAACAGCUGAAUGCCACCCAAGAAGGAGGUGAAACAGCUGUAAGGCCGGCGGAAGAUGACAAGGACUACUGGAAGCUAGAGGGCCAGAACCAAUUGGUCCGCUGGAGAGCGGAGAGCGGAGCAGAGGAAAGGCAGGAAGGCAGCGAGGUAGAAGAAGCAGCUGAUGAGUCAGAGGAGCUCCGAAAAAGCCGUGCGGCAGCAGCUCCGACCGCAGAACAGAGGGAGAGCCACCUGUUGGAAAACCAUGCAGUGCACCGGUCAUGGUGCGAGGUGUGCAUCAAGAGCCGGGGUCUCGGCACCCAGCAUCGCAGAGCAAAGAAGCAAGAAGCCGCAGAAAGCGCAGAUGGCCCUCGCAUCUUCUCAGACUUCUUCUUCAUGUCCACGCAAGAAGACAGUGUUCCUAUGUUGGCGCUGAAGUUCAGCCGCUCCAAACGGCUGGCAGCCACAGCCCUUCCCAGAAAGGGUGUGUCAGAUUUGGGUUGUAAGUUCUUCGCCAAUUUCAUCAAGAUGACGGGAGUGAAGAGAUUCGUGAACUUCUCAGACGGGGAGCCUGCCAUCAAGAGCCUGAAGGAGGCAGCAGCAAGAAGAGUGGAUGGAGUGGAGGCCAUUCCUCGCGAGAGCCCACAGGGCGAUCACCAGAAAAGUGGUGACAUCGAGUCAGGACUGGGCACAGUGAGGUGGCUCAUGAUGCCUCAUGCAGAGAGCGCAGUAGCGGAGCAAGAUGGCGGGUCGCCAACCAAGAAAGCAAGCUUGCCCGUGACCUGGAGGCAAGAAGGUCACGGCCGGUACAAGAAGCGGCAGGCAGAGGUGCCAGCAGAGGACUUGGACCCAAGAGUCCCAGGCGCAGAGCCUGUUUCGGUAGAGGAUGCUCUGAAAGAGGAGCUUGCCGACAUGGAUUCGUUGGUAUGCCACAAAUACCACAUACGCAGUGUAGAGCUGGGGCAGCAGAAGAAUGAGUUUGUCGCGCAAGCUGCGCAGCAUGUGAAGAGUUGUUUUGACCGCAACGGAGUUCCAAUUUCAGAAGAGGAGCUGUCCCAGAUUGCAGCCUUGCAAGACCCGGAGCUUGUGGCGCUGCAAGGUCUCGAGGGUGUGCGGACUGUCAAGGGUCCGUCUUGCUACUGGCGUCUUUACAGCCCUGAAGGAAAGCCAGCGUCAACAGUGCACAAGAAAAGCAGCACACUGGCAAGGGCGGACGUCAAGUUCCUCACGAACUCCAGCGCAAUAGCUGAUGCCCUGCAGAAGUUGACUUUGGAGCUUUCCGGAGCGAUGCUAGCACGCAGUUUGCAGAAGUUUGAUCGCCAACUUGGGCCGGCCAAUUCCUUGUUGCCAGAGGAAUUGGUGCGCGUCUUGGAUGCGCUUCGAAGUCAUUUGCAAGAGGGCGGUCACCUCAGUGACUUGGACUUGAAGUACGGUGGCCCCGUUCCUUCGCAGCCGCACUUCGACUUUAGUGCCAAAGAACUGCAAGAGGACUAUGACAAGUUCUGGGACAAUAUCACUGGUGAAGAGUUGCCAGUUCCCCUGGUCAAGAAAGCCAGAGAGGAGGAGAUACGGUGGGUGCGCUCCAUCGGCUUGUACGACAAGGUGCCAAGAGCAGAAGCAGACAGCAGAGGCAUACAACCCAUCAAGAUCAGAUGGGUCGAUGUAAACAAGGGUUUGCCAGGGGACCGCAAGCACUACAACAUUCGGUCUCGUCUUGUAGGGAAAGAACUGAAGGCCAAAACUAAGGGUGCCCUGUUAGCUCAUGAGCUGUUCAGCGCCAUGCCGCCAUGGGAAAUGGUGAAGUCCUUGCUGUCCUUACUGGUCAGUGAUGGAGUCUCCACUGAUGAUCUGGUUCUGGGUGUGUUCGACAUCAGCCGGGCACACUUCAUGGCUCCCGCGUCGCGGGAAUUAUUUGUGGAAUUGCCAGAAGAGGACCGACUUGCAGGCGAAGAGAACUUCAUAGGGCGGCUGAACCGGAGUAUGUAUGGCUUCCGAGAUGCGUCGCACAACUGGAUGGAGGAUUGGCAAGGCUUGCUCCAAGAAGAAGGGUACGCAAUUGGUGUGGCCAAUCCUGCUCUUUUCUGGAAUGAGAGGCAACGCUCCAGAGGAGCUGUCCACGGGGAUGAUUUCUAUGUCUUGGGCUCAGUCCAAGCAGUGGAUAGCAUGGCAGCGGCGCUGAAGUCGCGAUACUCUGUCCGGGAGAGUCACCGACUGGGCUUUGGCCAGGGUUGCACUCAGCACGCCAGCAUUUUGAACCGAGUGGUGUUCUUGGGGGAGCUCAACGGACGCCGCUUUGUCCAGAUAGAGGCGGACAAGCGCCACACGGAGAUCAUCCUCACGGCUCUAAGCUUGGACAAGGGCAGUGCCAAGGGAGUCACUAGUCCUUCAACGAAGCCGUCAGACUCCGAGGCUGAGAAGUUCCAGUACUCCCCGGAGGACUUGCGCCGCUAUUGGCUGGACGCCAUGCCACGUGAGCAGCACGCACCAGGCGCCCAGUCGCUGGUGGUGGCGCACUGCCGCCUCACAGACGACAGGAACUGCCAGAGGUUGGUGGGCGUGCCAAUGCUGUUCUGCAUAGAGACCUGCACGAGCGCGGGGCGCCUGCGGGACGCCAUCCGCACGCAGCUCCGAUGGGUCUACGGAGACGCCGCCCUGGAUGGCUGGGAGCUCUUCCAAACCAGCGGCCGCUGGGACGCCUGCAGGGCGAACGAGGUCUUCUGCCGCGAGGAAGAUGCUGAGGAGCUGAUCCUGCGCGACAGCGAGCACCUGGUGGUACACUGGGACUGGGAGCUGGAGCUGAACUCCAGCCUUCUCUCGCCGCCGCCGGAGGAGACCUGCGACUUGGAGGCCUGCUUCGAGUGGCUUACGGCCACGGAGCAGCUCUCGUUGGACAACGCGCUGCUCUGCGCCUGCCAGCGCAAGGUGCAGGCCUUCAGCCGCGUGCGCCUGGCGGAGCUACCGCCUGUGCUGAUGCUCCAGCUUAACCGCUUUGAGUACAAGUACGGGCAAAGGAACAGGCUCCAGGUGCCGAUCAGCUUUCCUUUGGCCAUGGACCUCUCGCGCUUCCGCACCGAAGCUUCGCGGCCAUCCGAGUCGGCGGAGUCCAAUGCGGAGUAUCAGCUCAUGGCCACCAUCACCCACUCGGGCACGGCCUGUCGGGGCCACUACAUGGCCAGGGUCAGGUCCUGCCAGGAUGGGCGUUGGUACCUCUACAACGACGAUGUGGUGUCGGAGAUCUCUGCGGAGGAGCGCUUCGGAAGCCCCGUCUUAGGGGCUUUUUGCCUUGACCCCAAAAGGGGCUAA